AUGGAUAACUCCCAGAACUUGAGCUACAAAGCUGGCCAAGCCAAGGGCCAAGCUCAGGAAAAAGGUAACCAGAUGAUGGACAGGGCUGCCAAUGCUGCACAAUCUGCCAAGGAAACAAUGCAGGAGGCGGGGCAGCAAAUGCAGGCCAAGGCACAAGAGGCGACUAAUGCAGUUAAAAAUGCCACUGGCUUUAACAAAUAA